CGCGUCAACCGCGUUCAAAUUUCGAACGUUCGAAAACAAAACACGACAGCGUUCCAAUUUCAAAUUUCAUAAAAGUGCAUGGAAUCAAAAACAGUGCAAUGUGCCAGUGUUUUCAAAAGCGUGAUAAUUAAAAGUUGCGAGUGAAAAUGUGACUGUGCAUACGAAAAUGGGCCUUGUUGACAUCGCGGUUACAUUCGAGUACUGUUUGUAGUUAAGAUGCGGGAGUUUUUAAGGAUUGUUUUGGUGUGUGCGUGCGCAUUGCUUUUGACGGUAUGUUGUGAGGACAGUGAGGAACUGGAUUCGAGGAGUGAGAAGGAUGAGAAAGGUCUUCCAACAGGCACCCGUCGUACAACGACACAGAGUAGCAUCAACGCGACUCGGGACCAGCAGCUGCACGCCGUACUGGCGGCGCGUCGGCGCCAGCUGCUCAACGGGCGGCUCGCCACGCACAUCAACAACUUAGCCAACAUAGCUAAUAAGCCACACAAGAGUAACACUACAUUCCUCCAGAUAGAAGUCCGAGACUCAAACAGCUCUAUAAUCAAGAGGAUAACGUUUGACAACUCAAGCAACGAAGCGGCUCCCAGCCUUCGGCUCACGACGACCGAUGGUAUACGGGAGAUCAAACAAGAUCUCAAACCCCAUGAGAUCAGACAUCUAUUCGUGCCCAAAGUCUACCAAGAAAAUCGAAGUCGAGCAGGUUUUCUAAACAACAGAAGAAAUAAAAUACAAGGACCUUCUACAGAAAAUGGAAUAAUAUACGUUCCACCAGAAAAACUUGAAGGACUGGAUAAAGAGGUAGACUUAGAGCCAGAUGAAGAGUUUCAAGUUGAUGAAUCUAAUCAUGGUUUAUAUUUGCUCAACUAUUCAGAUACUGAUAAUGUCACACAAGUUCCGGUUUUAAAUGAAACUGUUACUACAAAUGAAGUUAAUGUAAGCAGUCCUGUUAAAAUUGAAACUACAACAUCAACAAGUACCGUUACUAGUAACGUUUCAACAGAAGCGCCUAAUGUUCACGUUCAUAAAAAAGAUGAACAAAUUGAAGAUAUUAUUGCCAAUAGUACUGAUACGAAAAACACAAAGCCUUUAAAAGUGGAGAAUGAAAAAGAUAAGAGGAAUGAUACUCAGUUCAUGUCAGAAGAAAUUUAUAAUCAUUUUAGACCACUUGAAUCUGAAUUGCCAGUUGAGGACAUGACGCCUUUUAUUAAUUUUGGCCAAAAGAUAGCAGGACAAAUUAUUAACGAUAAUCUAACAGAUUCUCCAUCGUUGUCAGCAUCAACUAAGUCAGUGAAUUUCAUUGUUGGUGCCCCGGAACGGCGAAAAUUCAAUUCUAGAUAUUCUGCCACCGAAAAGUAUAAGAACACAAGUGUUGAUGAAGAAGAGUUGAAUGAAGAAAUGGAUGUCUCUGUUGUUAAGAAUACAAUUGAAAAGAAUAAGAUCAGAAACACUGUAAAAGGACCAGCUCCUCAGCGUCAUGUAGGAUUAGUUAAUGCUUACAGAAAACAUACUACGCCAUCCACAUCCAAGCCUCCAAAUAUUGCUCAACUUAAUGUUACUGAACCGAUAAUAAUAAAUGUGACACCUAGUUCUGCAGAUAAAAGCAGUAAUGCAACAAAUUCCACUGUCAAUAAAGAAAAUAUCAACACAAACUCCACUGCCAAAGAAAAUGUUCCGAGUAAAACAAAUGGAACUUUAGUGCCGAGGAAUUACACAAGAAGUUAUUAUAAUUUGCGGCGUCGGCCUGCUAGAGUCACAACUGCUUCAAGUACUGAAAAUAUACUACCCGUUGUAGUUGUAAACACAACAACAGAAAAAGCUUCAACGGUUUAUACAGCUGUGGUAACUUCUGUGUCAAUAACAUCUUCCAUGAAAGGCCAGAAUAAAACUGACAUCAAAGAUGCUGACAAUAAUACAGUCAUCGAGACAAUUGUGUCUAAGGAAAAUGAUACUAUACCUAAAGUCUUUCUCAUCAAUGUUACUGAGACAACGCCAAUACCGCCACCUUCUUCUAGGGUACCAUAUAAACAUAGAAUAAGAAUACGAACAACAACUACGGAGAGUAGUAUCCAGUCCAGCCCAGCAGUUUAUAUGCAUCGAGCAUAUGAAGACAACGAUGUUACAACAAAAGUUUCUGACCUCAAAAACGAAGCGACAACUUCCAGGAUAUCCGAACGACUGGCCAAUCUAUUUCGUCAAAAUGAAUAUGAAAACAAUAAUAACGGAAGUACAAUUAGACCGAAGAAUAUUCUAAGAAGACGACGGCCAACUACAACUACGACUUCUGCUCCAGUAUCUAGUAUACGACCUACAUUUUUGACUACCAUUUCGACUACGACUGAGCUACCAACAAGUCCCGUCACAGCGGCGGAGACUUUGACAGCUACUGAAACAACUAUAAAACCAUUGAUUGUCACUUCAAGGACAUCAUCGCAAUCUAGUUAUAAACCAACAGUUACACCAGACACAUCAACGGAAAAAGAAGAAAAUAUCACUUCAGUUGAUUCAGUGGAAGACGGAAAAGCUACUUCUGAUAACGAAGUAGUUAUAGAACCCGAAAAAACCUACACGGCAUCGUAUGUCCUAGCCGGAUUAGGUUUCCUACCUGUAGCGGGUAUAGUAGUAUUUGUUUUAAGAAAUAUUUUAAAUAAGAAGACCAAAGAGAUAGACACGGAGUACGAGGGUUACUUCGAUGAUGAUGAGGUGAAAAAGGAGUCUCCUAUAACGCCCGUGGCGCGGCCUCCACUGCCGACACCAACCAAGCCAGACAACAAGUGGGAGUUCCCGAGAAACAAGUUGAGGCUACAAACUUUAUUGGGUCAAGGGAACUUUGGACAGGUGUGGAAAGCCGAAGCAGAUGACCUGAACGGCCACGACGGGCUGACGCGACUGGUCGCCGUGAAGAGCAUCAAGGAGUCUGCCUCGCAAAAGGAGAAGCAGGAGCUGCUGCACGAGAUCUACAUCAUGCAGAAGAUAGGCACCCAUCCGAAUGUCGUCACGUUGCUCGCUUGCUGCACUGAACAUGAGCCCUACCUCCUCAUAAUGGAAUACGUAAUGUGCGGUAAGCUGCUUACGUACCUGCGCGAGCGGCGCUCCAGGCCCGACCGUUUCAGCGGAAGCGGGGCGUUGACUUCUCGGGAUCUCACGGUGUUUGCUUACUGCGUGGCUCGUGGGAUGGACUAUAUCGCUUCCAAAGGGAUCGUCCACCGCGACCUAGCUGCCCGCAACGUGCUGGUCGACCACAACAAGCUGUGUAAGAUCGCCGACUUCGGCAUGUCGCGAGCAGCAGGCGGUGCCUCACGUAAUCGAGGGGCGUUGCCUGUCAGAUGGAUGGCCCCUGAAGCAUUGCUUUACAAUGUGUACAGCCAUUCGACGGAUGUGUGGGCUUUUGGGAUUACUUUGUGGGAGAUCGUCACGCUUGGUUCCACACCAUACGCAGCGAUGUCCGGGCGCGAGGUGCUGGCCGCCGUGACGGAGGGCUACCGGCUCGAGCGGCCGCCGCACUGCAAGCCGCAGCUCUACCGCGCCAUGCACUCCUGCUGGCACGCCGACCCCUCGCAGCGGCCCACCUUCGCGGCCCUCAAGGCACAACUCGCCGAGCUCCUAGACAAUGAGCCGUCGGAAGGGAAUUAUGUGGACCUGGACUCGUUUUAUCAGGAGUCCUCGGUGUACAGCGAUCCGUCGGCGAUUAUACAUGACGAUGAGGGGCUGUCUGCGGAGUAUGAUCGGGAGAGACGAUGUUUUAGAGAACUUACCAAAGGCCCCACGAAAUACGACAACCACGGCUUCAACUUCCGCGAAAGAAAUGAAGAUCUUCUAAACAAAUUCGGGGGCACACCGAGAAUGGGUGGUUUCGGCAUCCGAGACGUCCCCUUCAACGACAGAAACUUCUCCGACGGCGAGUUCAACGAGCGCACCUUCACCGACAAAAGUUUCACCGACAAAAAUUUCACCGACAAAAAUUUCACCGACACUAACUUCACUGAAAGAAAGGAAAAACUCUCCACGUCGAGCUUCCACAAAGAACGGGAGGGCAGAGAGAGCAAUUUGGUCAGUAGGAAUAGUUUUAGUGGGUUCCCUAGGAUAGGCACGAGGGAUGGCCAUUUUCAAAUGAUGCCUGAUGGGAGGAAUAAAAGGGUUUCGGAGUUUGAAUGUGACAUCUGAAGAUAACAUAUAGUUGAAUGAGAACUUAGGAAUCUGCAGCUGGGGCCUGUUUCAUAAAAGCCUGUAACUUGUUAUAAAUACCUAAGGCUUGUACAAUAAUAUGUCUCGGGUAGUUGAAAAGUGCCAAUGGAUUACAAAUAUUCGGCCCGAUUCGAAGAAUGACAUACGAUAACGAUAAGUUCUGGUUUAGAUAAGUUCUCGUUUAGAUAUCGUAUGUAUGUCGCAUAAUUGACAAAAGCAACCCGAUUCUGACAACCAAUGUCACUUUGACGUUAGAAAUAUUGUAGAUAGAUCUUAUUGGGAUCACAGUGGAAUCGAAAUAAACGUAAAUUUAGACAUGUUAUUUAGUUAUCAAUCUUUUAAAGAUCUUUCCAAGAUCUUAAACGUGUCUUAAUCAUUCUUCGAAUCGGGCCGAUUGGCUUUUUUAACUUUAUAUAUAUUGGUUGCUUUAAAACUAUGAUAAGGAUUUCUUUUUUCUCUGACUGUAGUUGAGUCAAUGUAGAAUGUCUUAUUUCUGACUUUUACGUACUCAGAGUUUUUAGAAAUUGACUGAAUCUUUGUAUUUCUAGUAUCUUUAGGAAGGUUUAGUGACUUUGCCAAAAGUUUGCACUGAUUUCAUGUUUUUAACACAUUUUUAGCACAAGUGUGGACUCGUGAUAAUUUUAUAUUUAAGUUUCAAUUUCAAUUAAAUUGGUUGAAAUUAUGUAACUUGAAAUGUGUUGAUUUUGUAAAUAGACGUUAAUUUAUAGAAUUUUGUAUGCGUGUUUGUGUUAAUUGGUUUUAUUUUGUAAAUAAAUUGUAUAAAUAAGGAGGUAGAAUGACAAACAAAAGAACUGCAUCUUAUUUUGUAGAUUUAUGUAAGCACAGUGAUUAAAAUAUACUUUACCGUUAAAAUAAUAAAAGUAUAAAAAAUAAAAGUGUUAUGUAAAAAAAUAAUGUUGCACUUAUGUUAAAGUUGGAUCACAACGGUGCUAAAUAUAUUAGGAUUUCUUUUAAAGUAGAUUUCAUUACAAAACGAGUAUGAAAUAUUCCAGUAACUGAAGAAAGACAUUUACUUAUGUCGGCAACAUAUAUCAAUUAGUCAAACAUGUACACUAAUUUCAGUACCAUUUCGUACCUCUUCACAGUGACAAUCAAUAUGAAAGUCACUAGGUACCUCAUACUAUUGUAAAUGAGGCAAUGUACGAAUGGUACUGAAAUUAAACUCCUUGACCGUACCUGAUAAAACUAAAUGUACAGUGAAGGUAUUUGUCUUCUGUGCCACUUCGUACCUGUCAUAUUGACAAGGCAAUCAGUGGCACAAAAAUAACAUUUCUUGACAGUACAAACAACCCAGGUAUAGUCCAGUACUACAACUAUGGGUCAUAUCACCAGUUCAUUGCGUACCUUAAUUAACCUCGAACCUAUAGUGCUGGGAACAAGAGUUGAUUUUGUUUUGUUUGAAAAUAGAACGAAACAAAGCAAAUGCAAUUCUAUUCCAAUUCAAUAUGGCUUAAAUUUUAUCGAACUGGAAAAGUCUAUAAGUAGGCCCUUGGGCCUUAGGAGGUUAAUGAUAAAAACCAAUCUUCUUCCUGCCAUAAAGCAUGACUCACGCUAGACGGAACCGUGCCCGUGCCGAGGCGUCCGACGCGUCAUAUUCUAUGACGGCUGAUCGCUGAUCACGUGGUGCUUUUCAUAGAAAACGAAGCGCCGGAAACUCCAGCCCGGCCCCGGCCCGGUCUAGUGUGAGUCCUUUAUCAGAGUGUUUUCUUUUUUUAUGAAAAUAUUUUGCCUUAGAACUGCAACAUUCAAAUAAUAAUCACACCUUGAUGAAGAUAUACGAGUUAUUUUGACCAUAGUUGAACCUUUAGGACUAUCCUCCUGACGACCGGCGUCCUACACGUAGUACAUAGGCGCCAAUUAACUUUUGACUGUUUGUCAACGUAACAGAGUUAAAUUUAAGCCGGCAAAUUUUGAAACCCGUCUGUCAGGAGGCUAUGCUUAGGUUUUACGGUACCUACAACAAAAUGAAGGGUUGUAAAAAUUCUUAAGUAUGUUAUUAUUUCGUUAAAGAUUUCUUUUCUUUUUUCGAUAAGUGACAUAGUUGCUAUUACAGAUUGUCGCCAUAUAUUUUGAUGUUUUAAUAUGACAAAUACUUAAUACAAAGCUGGAUUUUCAGUUAGUUUUACUGUUCCAAGACUACUAAGAAACCUUAUUUAGUUAAUUACUGAUAUAAAAGGCAUUUUAUUUAAAGAUUUACAAUCCACUUUUUUAUUCAAAAUUGAGUAUUUUUAUGUUACUCCUGCUCUGAAUCGUGAGCUCUUUUUUUAUCCAAUGGAAGAAAAAAACUGUCCCAAGAUUUUAACUUCCAUUUCGUUACCAUUUUUCAUAGACUUUGUAUAACGGUAACAGAACGGACGAAACGAAAAAUUUUGGUAUGUAGUUUUAAGGACACUAUCUCCUAUUAGAAUAAAAAGCUUGUGAUUCUGAGCAGGCUUGACAUAAAAAAUCACUAAUUGAAAAAAAGUGUAGUCUACACUGUAUAACUUUAAAUAAAGCAGUCCAUAUAUAUUUUAAUGAUGUUGCCUGUAAUGUAAAAUUGUAUAAAAUGUUAUUCGACGUUCUCUUUCGAAUAUCCAACGAGUACUUACUGGAAUUAACACGAUUUUACGUGCGUGGGCGGAUUCUGAACUAUUUUUUACUAUGAUGCUUUUGAAACUUUGACAUUACCUUUGUAAAAAAAUAUUAAAAUUGGUUAAAAGAUUAUCGUUGGGAUUAAUGUUAUAUCCUAUAAUAGAUUCGAAAACGAUUUUCUGGUUCUUUUUUACAUUUGAGAUAUUGAAAAAGAAUUGAUUAAAUUAAUUUUAAGUUCCUGUUAAAAUAUUGAUAUUAUGUAAAGAAGUAUUUCCAACUAAAUAAGGACCUUACUUAAAAGGAUUAAUUAAUUAUUUGCUCACUUCAAAGAUCAAACCCUUCAAAAUUCCAAGAGUAGAACGUAUCUCGUUCGAACUUUCAUCAUGUUACAGAUGUUAGUGAUAUGAUCUGUCAGCUGUCAAUAGUGAUAUUUCAUCAAAAAUCCAUAUUAAAUUCAUACCUAGUUGUUACAAUCAGACCCGUUGAUGUCGUUUAUACCUAUGUGAAAUAAUUUAGACUUAAACGCGUUUGUAUGCCCAAUACUCACAUGGUCUAGUGUUAAUUCCUGCAUUUCUUACCUACAUAUAUUCAUCAGUUCAGCAAAAAAUCAAUGACUGUAUUUUAUGUGUAUAGUCUGAUAAGGUUUUAUUUAGCUUUUUUUUUAUACUACGUCGGUGGCAAACAAGCAUACGGCCCGCCUGAUGGUAAGCAGUCUCCGUAGCCUAUGUACGGCUGCAACUCCAGAGGAGUUACAUGCGCGUUGCCGACCCUAAACCCGCCCCCCCCCCCCCUCGUUGAGCUUUCGUUGAUUUGCGGAUUUUCAGUGGUGCUAACUUUACUAACUUACAAAUGAGAUUCUUUUGCACUGUCAUCGAUUGCAAGAGGAAAAGUCGCAAUUAUAAUAGAUUUUACCGCAAAAAUACCAAAAAAGAUUGUUGAAUAUUGAAAGAUCAAAUAUUUAUAUCUAUGAAAAGAUGAAGAGUCGUUGACAUAACCCCUACUGAACAUUUAUUUUUUCAACAAGGAGGAGUUUUGGCCGAAGGGUGUCAAAUUUCGGCGGUACCGAGGUCGGCUCCCUGAUACAGCGGGGUUGCGUAAUGCAUCGCAACCGUAAUGUGAUUUGUUUAGAUUUAAAAUAUAUUUUUAUAAUAUGUAUGGUACUUUUAAGGUAUUUAUCUACAGGCCAGAAAUAAAGAUUUUCAGUAAUUUCAUUCAUUCACAUAUAAGUUGCUUGUAGCGUCACGUAGCGACACUAUGUCAGGGCCAAAUAAAAUCUUGUCAGUCUUUAAACAUCUUAUACAUUGGUUCUCGUGAAUAUUCGUUGUGAAUCUCAGUUCAGUAACUUUCUAGUCUCUAUAAGAUACGAUAUUGGUUUGUCCGUAAGAUCGGUUUAAUUGUUUAUGUAUGAAAGAUGUAUUUUAUUUUAAUUAUACGGAUGUAUUGAAAAUUA